AUGCAUCAAUGUAUGGAAUUCAUUGCCCGGCGGGAUCCUUCAGACCGUCAGAUAUGAAAGUUUCAUCUGAAACGUUUAAAUCUAGCCGUUCAGUUGAGCAACAUAAAGUAGUUAAACUUCAAUAAAUAAUUCAUACCUUCAUCUUCCUAAUCCUUUUAUAUGAAAGCACCAAUCUUGGAGUUUCUAAUGCUACACACUAACUAUUCAAGGCAAUGAGCGUUUUAUUCCAUCUAUUCCUCCUAUUUGUAAGCUUGGUUUUGUGUUCUUCAUGGAUUCAAGGGCAAACACUCCCCCAUAUAACUUCAGAUGUCAAUGAAGCUUCGGGCAAGUCCUUCGAUUACAUUGUCAUUGGAGGAGGCACUGCCGGCUGUCCCCUAGCUGCAACCCUGUCUGAGAAAUUCUCAGUGCUCUUGGUGGAACGAGGCGGCUCUCCAUAUGGAGAUCCCUUGGUGCUGGAUACAAAGUACUAUGGGUUCUCAUUGCUCCGAACUGAUCAAUAUACAUCAGUUGCACAAAGCUUUGUGUCCAACGACGGUGUGAGAAAUCUCAGAGGCAGAGUUCUAGGAGGAGGAUCUGCUAUAAAUGGCGGGUUUUACAGCAGAGCAAGUGAGGAUUUUGUCGAAAAGGUUGGGUGGGAUAAGGAGAUGGUAACAAAUGCUUAUCAAUGGGUCGAAUCUAGAAUCGUUUUUAAACCCGAACUGACCCCAUGGCAGUAUGCUGCUGAGUUUAGCUUUCUUGAGGCAGGGGUUUUCCCUUACAAUGGUUUUAGUUUGGAUCACAUUGAGGGAACAAAGAUCGGUGCGAGCGUGUUUGAUGAACAGGGACGAAGACACACCUCCGCUGAUCUUCUUGAGGCAGGAAAUCCAAACCAUAUCACAGUUCUUCUGAAUGCAACUGUUACUAAUGUCAUCUUUCAUGAAAGAGGUGACAGAAAUGAGACAAUGGCUAGAGGCAUAAGAUUCAUCAAGAGCAACGGAAACUCAAGCGAAAUUUAUGAAGCUCACCUCAACCAGCCAGAGAAUUCAUGCUCAGGGGGUGAUGUGAUACUAGCAGCAGGGGCCUUAGGCAGCCCUCAGAUUCUAUUGUUAAGUGGUAUUGGCCCUCAUCAACACCUAAACAACUUCAACAUCCAACUAGUUCUCGACCUAGAGGCUGUCGGAAAAGGAAUGAAAGACAAUCCUGGCAUUGCACUCUUAGCUGACCCUACCCCGAAAAAUUUCCCACCAGAACCUCCAAAAGUUGUCGGUAUAGCAGAUGACUUCAAGAUCAUAAUUGAGGCAGGAAUUUUACCUGUCAGCUCCAAUGCAACAAUAAUGCCAAUAGCUGCGAAACUCGCCUUUCCAGAAUCAGAAGGAAAGCUUGAGCUGAACAGCACUGACCCCAGAGAAAACCCUUCAGUCACAUUCAACUAUCUAGCAAAGGAGAAAGAUUUGGCACAAUGUUUGAAGCUGGCUCAGUUGCUUGAGCGAGUGGUAAGGUCUGAAUCGAUUGCAUUCUUCCUGGGGAUCGAACGCAAGCCAAAAGACAAGUUGAUGUCUACGGAAGAUGAGUUGAGAAAACUUUGCACGAAGAAUGUGAUUACAUUCUUUCACUACCAUGGAGGUUGCACCAUGGGAUCAGUGGUUGACAAGGAUUACAGGGUUUACGGAGUUAAGGGACUCAGAGUAGUUGAUGGAUCAACAUUUUUCGAAUCACCAGGUACAAAUCCAAUGGCCACUUUGUUAAUGCUUGGAAGAUACCAAGGGAUGAAGGUUCUUCAAGAAAGAGAAAAUGCUUAAACCCGAAAGAUCGAUCCUAGAUCCAACUUCAUCAACUUGUACUUUCAGCCAUACUAAUCAUGUCAAAUUAAGAUUUUCUUGUACAAACGCAUCUUGUUAA